CCGUAGCACCCAGAAUAGAGGAGCCUCACAUUUGAAGCAGCGGCUUGUUAGUUUCACCACCAUGAUUGUGACCAUAGGUUCAGGCUAUAGGGGUUGAGACGCAUGCCCGCUCACUGUGCCACAUUCUGCAGCUCUGGAGGGAAGCAGGGGAAAGAAGCCAGAGACACUUGCAGCCGGCCACUGAAACCAGCAGUGAGUGUCCUGUCGUCAGCGUCAGUUAAGAAAAUUUUGCAGCAGAGCCUGUGUAGAUGUGCAGGUAUUUGAGGAAAGAGGUCAAGUUAAACAAGAGAGUCCAAGAGUUCAGACUGAGGUGAAGCGUUGAGCAACAGCUCUCAAUGUUUACAUCUGUCCUUGAUGUAGGAGUGCAUGCAUAGUUUGAACCUGCAGUCUCUAUAUGACCAUAUACACACAGUCAUCCACCCUAUACUCACCAUUAAACCAAUCACGCUCCACCGCCUGGCCACCAUUACCUUUACUGAACCAUCCAGCCUCACCUACAGCUGCCAACUGUUGCUGUCAGUAUGAAUGGGGAGCCCCUCUCAGCCCUGUGUUCCCCUGCUCUGGUGGUGGAUGUGGACAAAGUGAAGAGAAAUGCCCAGAGGAUGACUGAACGCUGUCAGAAGCUGGGGGUCCAGCUUCGUCCUCACAUGAAGACACACAAGACCCUUGAGUGUGCUGACAUAAUGACGGGUGGAUCACGGAGGUGCAUCGUGGUAUCAACACUUGCAGAGGCCUGUUUCUAUGCUGACCAUGGAUAUGAUGACAUCCUAUAUGCAUACUCUGUUCCCUUUGAUAAGGUAGAGCAUUGUGCAGCUCUGUCAGAGAGGCUGGAUCUCUUCCAGGUUUUACUGGAUCACCCCGAUGCUCUGGAAAAGCUCAGAAAGAGACCACUGAGAGACGGCCGGCAGUGGCACGUCUGGCUGAAGCUGGACUGUGGCAAUGGGAGAGCUGGUGCGCUGUACUCGGAUCCCGCUGCGUUCAGAUUGGCUCAGGACAUCGCUGAGACAGAGGGCGUGCAGCUAACGGGAGUGUACGCUCACUGUGGGAACACCUACAACUGCAGGGGAGAGGAGCAAGUACAGGCUGUUGCCCGGGAAACCACCAGCUUGACUCUAGAGUUUGUGGAAAAACUGAAGGCCGUUGGCAUCACCUGUAAAUCCAGCAUUGGCUCCACCCCCUCCUGCAGUCACCCAGUCAAAGACAUGGAGCAGCUCAGUGAGGUGCAUCCUGGAAACUACGUCUUCUUUGAUGUGCAGCAGUCUGUGAUUGGCUCAUGCAGUCUGGAGGACGUGGCUGUGAGGGUUUUGACACGAGUCAUUGGACACUGUCCUCACAGGAACCAGCUCCUGAUCGACUGCGGAUGGUCUGGACUCAGUCUGGAUGGAGCUGGAAAACUUCCCACUGGAUAUGCUGUGAUUGAAGGACAUCCGAACCUCAAGUUGUUGUCUAUGACCCAGGAGCAUGGCAGAGUGGAGCCUAUCUCAGGAGAGCUAGACUACAGCAAACACCCCCUCGGCUCUCUCCUCAUGCUGAUCCCCUUCCAUUCUUGUGCAACGGCCAUGAUGCACCCUGUGUACCAUGUGCACUCCGAGGGCCUUCUUCUGGGAACAUGGACACCUACUCGUGGCUGGUGAACGACUUCUUGGAUCAACUUUUGAUGCCUGUAUUUGAAUUCAAAACCAGUGGCAGAGGAAUAUUCACCUCUUCUUUCUCUGCCCCUCUGGGGGUAAUAAAGACAUAUGAGAAGUAGAAUAUAGUUCUUAUUCCCCAGAGUCUCUGCAGUGAUGUGGGAAAAGAAAUGUAGAAAAAAUACACAUAAACUUUUUAAAUGUCUGAAUAAAUCAAAGCCU